AUGUUUUCUUCCAUAAAGAGACUAUUUUUCCUCUUGGUCUUCAGCUUCAACCUCAGCUAUGGCCGCAUCUUCACUUUCAAGAUGCACCACCUUUUCUCUGAACCCGUCAAGAACUGGUCCAACUCCACUGGCAAACUCUCUCAUUGGCCUGCAAAGGGCUCUUUUGAGUACUACGCCGUUUUAGCUCACCGGGACCGCCUCCUCCGCGGCCGCAAACUCUCUGAUAACAAUGCAACCCUUUCUUUUUCUGAUGCCUACUCCACCUUCCGAAUCAGCUCAUUGGGAUUUUUACAUUAUACCACAGUGAAAUUAGGGACUCCUGGUGUGAAGUUCAUGGUGGCACUUGAUACAGGGAGUGAUCUUUUCUGGGUGCCAUGCGAUUGUACCCAAUGCGCUCCAACUGAAGGAACUACUUAUGCUUCUGAUUUCGAGCUUAGCAUAUAUGAACCGAAAGGAUCAUCCACUAGCAAAAGAGUCACCUGCAACAGUAGCAUGUGUGCACACCGUAACCAAUGUCUCGGAACAUUCAGUAGUUGUCCAUACAUAGUGUCUUACAUGUCAGCUCAAACUUCUACAUCUGGCGUUCUACUGGAGGAUGUUCUUCACCUGAUGACCGGAGAUGAUCAUCCACAGUUGGUUGAGGCAUACGUCACGUUUGGCUGUGGGCAGGUACAGAGCGGUUCAUUCCUCGAUGUUGCAGCUCCCAAUGGUUUAUUUGGGCUUGGCAUGGAGAAGAUAGCAGUUCCUAGCAUUUUAUCACAGGAAGGUUUAACAGCUAAUUCCUUCUCCAUGUGUUUCGGAAGUGACGGAAUUGGAAGGAUCAGUUUUGGUGACAAAGGUAGUCCUGACCAGCAAGAGACCCCAUUUAAUCUCAACCCAUCACAGUAA